GUCCCCUCGCUGUUGGGGCAAAUAGCAUGGCGUCGUUUUAGUGCGUAAAUACAUAUAUCGUUUUCUAGGAAAUACUAUUUGUAAAUACUCGCGGAUUCUGUGAAACAGUAGUGUAGUAUGAAUAGUUUGAAAAUGAAGAGAUCUCCAUUGAGCACGCCGAGUGGUAGCAGGGAGAAACAAAGCUACAAUUGGAAGUCGCACGACUAUAAAAACAGGACAGGUUAUAGUCGUGACAAAAGUGAUGGUUAUCAGUGUCAUACCCCGAAAACUUCACCGAGUCAGAGACAUUCCGGGAAUGACUUUAUCCCGUUGAAUAUCAGCACUCCAUUGCCAGAGCACAAGAGGUUCAGUAAUAAUUGGAAUGGGUAUGGGUGCCGCAGUCAUCGUAAUUCAGGUAGUGGCGGGUUUAACCAUUACAGGAACCAGUAUCAUUCGAGCCCAAAGUCAAAUUUCAAUAAUUCAUACUCUCCUUACAAGCUCUCUGGCAAGCAGUUUUACAGCCAGAAAAGGGUUCAGCGAAAGGACACACGCAGGCAGAUUGACAUAUCAUCCUACGUUGAUAUGAAAUCCUUUUUGGAAGAUCCUUGGGCAGAAUUGACGAGAAAGUUGAACGGAUCUAAAGAGACAAAUGAAAACGAAUCGUCUAAGCUUGAACAGUCGUUACAAUCCAGCAUAGAUUCCAACUCGAAUGCUGAAUGUAAAUCUUUGUCGAACAUCGACAAUUCUUGUGCUAGCUCAAAAUCUAGGAACGAAUCUUCCAUGGAUGUGAAAUUGGGGUUGAAUGAUACAGAUGUUAGCAAUGAGUCGCAAACCGAGAGCUCGGUAGAUUUAAAGAUCGACAAUAUAAGAUGCAGUCAAGAAUCGGAAGAUGACGGCGUUUGCAAUAAUAAUAGUAGCACGAGUGAAGUAAUUCACAGUGAGAGUAACGUUAAUGAUCAUGCUUCGGAAACAAAUGUAGUUCAAACUCUUAUAUAACAGUGACAAAGAGUAAAAUGCACUUAAGAGUGACAAUUCUUCAAUUUAGUGCGUGGCACUUUUCAUAUUGUAUAUACAAGUAUUGAAUUGUAUGUAAACAUUGCAAAAAUCUAAGAAACGCUCGUUUCAGAUUUUUGGAAUAAUAUUCUAGCAUGUAGACAAAAAAAAAAACAGAUAUUAAUUUUUUAGUAAUGCAAACUCUUUUUCCGUCUUGAAGGUAGAGUCUAUCAGAGAAGCAUAUCUACCAUAUAUGCGAAGUAUGAUGUAUUGAAAUUAUCUUUUAAAUUAUAUUUUCACGAAAAGGCUGUGAAAAAGAACGUAGUUUACAUGAAAAAGAAAAAAAAAAUUAUACAUGUGCAAUUUUUCAGUAUAUACUGAAAAAGAAGUAUAACAGCAAGAUGAAAAGAAGUCUUAUGAAAGAAGAAGUUCGAAUAGAUUCAAUAUGUAAAUACAUUUAUUGGCCAAAAGUGUCAUAUAUACAAAUGAGAUUAUAUUACACUGUGUUACGAUAAUUCCAUGUACAUAUAUCUGGGACUUCUUUUCAUCUCAGUAUAAUAAGUACAUAUGGGAUAUGAGGGAACAUUAAACACCAAUUUCUCACCAAUAAAUUAAGAAGAAUUUAAGAUACAAUUAACAAAACGUAAUACGUUUUACGCUCAUAAAUUGAUUUUAAAUUCACCCGAACGAAGCAAUCGAUAGAAUACUUAUGUUUCCAAAUAUUGUUGGAUGACUGCUUUCGAUUGAUUUCAGUUCGUUAAUUCAUGUGUAUUUCUUGUAUUUUAAUACAGAAAUAUAUGUAUGAUGAAUUAAGAGUAUAUGUAUAAAUAUAUAUUGUAAUAUGCAUCUAGGCAAAUGCAAUAAGUUAUAUACAAACGUAGAAAUAAAUAAUCACAAAUCAUGCCCAAGCAUGAAUUUGAAAUUUAGUUCUGUCAAUGAUGCUGCAUUUAUGUAUCAUUUUAUUUUCGAUUGUAUAUUUUCGUUAGAAUUCUAUAAGUAGCAAAUUGUCACGUACAUUUGUUCGUAUUUUGAAUUGGAGAAAACGCACUAACGCAGUAAACUAUUUAUAAAAUUAAAAUGGCUACGAUACAAAAUUUGUACGAAAAUUGUUAUCAUAGAGAAAGAAAGAGACACACCGAAAAGUUGCUUAUUUCCGAACUUUACACAUUUUUAUACAACGUGUUUUAAACGAGCGCGUUGACUACCGUAGAAAGCGACAAACGUGUCCUAUAUGGUUGAUUGACAUACCAACUUGAUGUACAAAUGAUGAUCUGGUACAAAAAAUUUACAUAAUUUAAGAGAUUCCUGUUCAUUUCUCCAAAUUGUGAUCGUGCAAAAGAUGUAAUUGAUGUCUAACGCUGUAAUCUGUACAGGAGGAAAUUGUAUAAAAUAUACUUGAACUAUGUAGUAUUCCUUUACCU